AUGCCAGGUAUAAGUUCUAAUACUUGGAUAAUUGACACUGGAGCUUUUGAUCAUAUGACUUAUGAUGAUAAUAUGUUUGAUUGUCUCGUAACCCUCGUGACCCCUAUAUUACUAGUGCUAAUGGUUUACAUUCCCCAGUUAUCGGUGAAGGAUCUCAAGACUCACGAGAAGAUUGGGCAUGGUAAACAGAUAGGGGGUUGUAUUACUUACAAUUACCGACUGCAACAGUUCAUAGGUGUGUCACUAAUAAAGUCUAAGGUGGCAGUGUCAGAGACAAGCAAUAACUUUGGCUGUGGCAUUUUUCAUGCCAGUGUUAAAGUAUUUCAAACUGAUAAUGAAGGUGAAUAUGUGAAUCAUACCUUGACCCAGUUCUUCCGUGAUCAAGUUGCUCUCUCCCUUAUGUUGGAUAUGUCUGUUCCCCACCAUCUUUGGGGACAUGGUGUUUUGGCCACUGCCUAUCUGAUUAAUCAUACUCCUAGUUGGGUUCAGGAUUUCAAGACUCCGCUUGAUGUAUUAUGUGCCCAUAGUCCUCCAGUUUCGGUCUCUAAGCUACCUCCGAAGGUGUUUGGGUGUAUUGCUUAUGUUCAUGUCUACUCCCAUCAACAGAGUAAACUUGACCCAUGUGCUCUCUGCAGCGUCUUCAUUGGCUAUUCUACCACUCAAAAGGGUUACAAGUGCUAUGUCCCAUCUUCACAGAAGGUACAUGUUACUUUGGAUGUCACCUUUCAUGAAGAAGUACCGUAUUAUGUCUCUUCCUCAUCUCCAAUUCAGGAGACAGGGGGAGUGAAUUGA